CAGCAAUCACUUGCACCUGAUACAAUCCCGUACGAUAUUCGAGUGUACUGGAUGCGGAGAGCAAACACAGCUUUGGCAGAGCUGGCAUCACCGUGUCCAUUUGGCGCUUUCGGAAGCGUAGUGGUGAACCAUACUGAUACAAGUUCUGAUCCGAGGGGGAAACUUGUGUGCAUGAGUGUCAACCAGAAUAUGCAGAAGGGAAAUCCAACUCUACAUGGAGAGAUUUCUGCAAUAAACAAUUGUUCGGAAAUUCUUACGGACCCAGAUGGUGACUAUAGAUUGUCGACUUCGGAAUCAUUGAAAGCGUUCUCGAAGUUGAGUCUUUAUACUAAUGCCGAACCGUGCCCUAUGUGUGCGUCGGCAAUUCGAUGGUCCGGUUUCGCAGAAUGCAUAUUUGGCACGAGUAUUGAGACAUUGGUAGAAAAGGGGUGGGGUCAGAUCUCCAUAUAUUCAGAUGAAGUGUUUGAAGAAUCGACAAAGUUGCCGAGCAUAACGAGGCUGAUAAGAAAUGUGCUGGCAAAUGAGACAGAUCCGUUUUUCUCGUGGCAAUUUAACCCUCAAUCUUCUUGC